AUGAUGCAAAGCUCAGCGCUCGCUGCCGAAGGGGCUGUCAAGGGGCUGCCGGAGAUCCUCGGGGUGCCGGUACAACAGAUCCCGCAGUGCGCCGGCUGCAGCCAGCACAUCCUGGACAAAUUCAUCCUCAAGGUGCUGGACCGACACUGGCACAGCUCGUGCCUCAAGUGCGCCGACUGCCAGAUGCAGCUGGCCGAGCGCUGCUUCGCCCGUGCCGGCAGCGUCUAUUGCAAGGAAGACUUCUUCAAGCGCUUCGGGACCAAAUGCACGGCGUGCCAGCAGGGCAUCCCCCCCACGCAGGUGGUGCGCAAAGCUCAGGACUUCGUCUACCACCUGCACUGCUUCGCCUGCAUCAUCUGCAGCAGGCAGCUGGCCACCGGAGACGAGUUCUACCUGAUGGAGGACGGGAGGUUGGUGUGCAAGGAGGACUAUGAGACCGCCAAGCAGAACGAUGACUCCGAGGCGGGGGCUAAGCGGCCCCGCACCACCAUCACGGCCAAGCAGCUGGAGACACUGAAGAAUGCCUACAAGAACUCACCCAAGCCUGCCCGGCACGUGCGGGAGCAGCUCUCCUCUGAGACGGGGCUGGACAUGAGGGUGGUGCAGGUGUGGUUCCAGAACCGUCGGGCCAAAGAGAAGAGGCUGAAGAAGGAUGCGGGACGGCACCGCUGGGGUCAGUUCUACAAGAGCGUCAAGCGGAGCCGUGGGGCCGGCAAGCUGGAGAAGGAGAGCUCAGCUGAGGACUGCGGGGUCAGCGACAGCGAGCUCAGCUUCCGCGACGACCAGAUCCUCUCCGAGCUCGGCCACACCAACCGGGUUUACGGCAGCGUUGGCGACGUGGCAGGAGGACAAUUGCUGAACGGUGGUUUCGCCAUGGACGGGACGGGGCAGCCGUACCAGGACUUGCGGGACGGCAGCCCCUACGGGCUCCCCCAGUCACCCUCGUCCAUCUCGUCACUGCCGUCCCACCCGCCCUUGCUCAACGGGUUGGACUACGCCAUGGACAGCAGCAUGGGGCUGGGGGCGCAGGGGGUGAGUCAGACGCUGCGCGCCAUGGCCGGGGGGGGCCCCACAUCCGACAUCUCCACGGGGAGCAGCGUCGGGUACCCAGACUUUCCCACCAGCCCGGCCUCCUGGCUGGAUGACAUGGAUCACCCCCCUUUCUAA